AUGACGGCCUAUAGUCGAAAGUGGUUAGAGAGGCAUUGCGAAGAAAACGAAACUCUUAUUUAUUUUUUUGAAAUAACAUGUGCAUAUUGCAACAAAGUUUUUAAAAAAAGUGACAAGAACUACAUAAGAAAAUUUAUAAAACACUUACACCAUCAUGGACUAACAGAAUUAGAUGGCCAUUCAAGAUGUAAAGAAUUAAAGGAAAAGUUUGAAAUAAUGCAAAAUUACGUUGGAAUAUGUAAAAAACAAAAGUGUAAAUUACAAAUUAUAUUUGUUCGUGGUGUGCAUCUCUUACAAAACCAUUUGGAAAUAUAUCACGGGAAGAGAUCAAAUAUAUAUAAAAAUGUAAUAAGACAAAAUAUGAGAGCACAACAUAUUCUGUUGAAUAAUUUCUUCAUAACAAGCAACAAUACGGCGCAGUGUCUAAUUUGUAAGUUCGAGGAAAGCUUAAGCAAUUUGGAAUUACAGACUGAAGAAACACUCGAAACAUUAAAAGAACACUGGGCAGGACAUUUUCAGAAGAUAGAAUUGGACGAAAUAUAUCGAUUAGAACAACUUCAACAACGAAUAGAUGAGAACAAUUUAUUAUCUGAUGAUGCAGGAGAAAUGAGAAACUACUUUGAGUUCACAUCAGAAGAAAUAGAAAACUUUGACGAGCUAAUAGAAGAAGCCAUUGACUAUGAACAGCAUAUUGAAAUAUUGACGACAUUUAAAAUAUUUAAAAUAAAUUCGGAGAGAAUAUGUACAUAUUGUUUAAGAACAGUUACCACUGAUGGCCAUUAUUAUAUUGAAAGAAAUCAUUGGGAAUUAUAUCACGGACUAUUUGCUCAAAUAUAUGAAGAAAUAUUAGAUAUAGAAAUGGUACAUGAUAUAUUUAAUCACUACGUCAUAAUGAAUUAUAUGUUGAGGUGCUUAUACUGUACACAUGUGUUCGAAGUGAAAGCUUUGCGAUUAAAUGUUGAAGAACAGCUGGUUAUUUUACUUAAACAUUGCAACACACAUAUUGGGAUAUCUUUAGAUUAUGAAAUAGACCAAGAGGAACAUCUACGAAAAGAAUUUAAACGAAAACUAAAUACAGAAAAAGAAUUAGUCGAGGUGGAGAAUUCUAGAAGGGACGAUCACGGGCAGCAAAGUAGCGACUGUGAUAAUACUUCGACAGACGCUAUAACCGAACCAUCAGAACAAAGUGGAUCGAAUAUUUCGAUAGACGCUGGGACUGAUUGUAAGUAUAUGGUCAACUUUGCUCUGCCAUCAAGACAAAGUGGAGAACGACAAAGUACUUCAGUGCAGAGUCCGUCUGAGUCAGAUAUUUCGAAAUCACCGCCAGCCAAACAAAAGAAAAAAUAAACAAGC